UACAAUCCGUUACGCCAUCGCGCACUUAUCGCGCUGCGCUGCUCUGCAAGUCACCGAUCAUUCAACUCUGUCCUCGACGCCGAUUAUAGAGCAGAAGUCGAGAUGCUCCGCCCCGGAACAACACUGCCGUCUCCGCUCACAGUUUCCCGCGACGCAAAGGCCAUUUACGAA